AUGGAUUUUGUUAUGUGCAUCUACGUGGAGAUGAUGCGCGACACAUCGUCUUCAUAUUCACAACAGAAUUCAUGGGCUUCCGUCGUGACAGAAGUCAUCUUGGUCUUUCUGCUUCUGCUGUUGCUCCUGGUGCUGGCCCUGGCCUGGCACAAGCUGAGCCGUGAUUCGGACGGCAAAUACCACCCACGCCGCCUGUGCCAGCCACAUCGCCUGCUGGCAUCCCUGGCCACGCGCUGGCGUGAGUGGUGGGGACAAGUGGCCCCUGAGAGAUACCGGCCAGGCAAGGAAGAGGACGAGGAUGAGGACGAGGAAAACGAGGAGGAGGAGGAGGAGGAAGAGGAGAACCUUCAGCGAGACGAGGAGGAAGGUGGAGGAGGGCAGGAGCAGCAGCACCAAGAGGAGGCCACUGAUACGCCAGAGGGGACCCCACCCCGUGAUGCCCCCGAUGGAGCCCAGGAGGAGGCCCGGGAGGCAGAGGGCACUGGUGCCGGAGGCCUGCUUAGUGACCUGCACGCCUUCUCCGGGACAGCCACCUGGGAGGACAGCGCCGUGGAGGGAGGCAGCCGCCAGCAUAUCACUGCUCUCUAGGGCAGUGAAGGGAAGGACACACAGACUACAGGGGGACAGCAUCCCCCCACUUGCUCAUGGGGCGGAACUCCUGCUCCCAGCCCUCUUCCUCAACCUCCCCCCUCCCUGCAAAGCUCUCCCCUCCCACACCAUGAAGCUGCAAUGGUGGCCCCCUACCCCUAUGCCAAGAGCGCCAGCCCAAGCAGGGCAAGUAGCACUCCUGCACCCCAGACUCUGCAUUGACUCUAGCGCCCCCUGCUGCCUGCACCAGGCGACGGGGCAGAACCCCGCAUCGGGGGGCGGGGCUCUGCUCCCACUGGGGAGCUGCUGAUUGGCCUACAGGCAGCGCUACAGGCACCAAUAAAGGGGCGGCAUUGCUCACAGCUGGACACAGUCUGCAGCUUCAUUUUCUUCAGAGGGGGAACACAAGGGGCCGGGCCAGCUGGGACCCACACCCCUGGAAGAAGGGAGGGGCUUAAGGAAAGUUCUCCAGGCCCCACCUGGAGUCUGAGGCUCCCCCAUUGGAGACUCCUCCUGGAGCGACUCACCAACUGGAGU